CGCCGCUCGAGCUGUGCUCCUCCGCCUCCUCCUCCGGAGGCGAUGCUGGGGAAGGCAGGGAGGGGAGUUCGGCCGGGUCCGGAGGCGCUCGGGGAAGUUCGGAAGCGCGUUUAAAAGAGCGAGAGCGGAGCCACCGGCUCGCCUCGCCUCGCCGGGGAGUGCGCGGGCGGGAAGAAAAGCCAGCAAAGCCAAGCCAAGCCGAGCCGCGCGAGCCGAGGAGAGCCGGGACCGUGGCUUCGUAGCGCUGCUCCGGACGGCGACCGCGGGCAGCCGUGGCCGGGCGGUGGUGGCGUGGCCGCCGCGAUGCUGACCGACAGCUUGGUGGAGGAGUUCGAGAUCCGCGAGGAUGAGCCGUGGUACGACCAGCAGGACCUGCAGCAAGAUCUGCAUCUUGCUGCUGAGCUUGGGAAGACACUACUGGAUCGGAACACAGAGUUGGAGACAUCUCUGCAGCAGAUGUACUCGACCAACCAGGAGCAACUACAGGAAAUCGAGUAUCUUACAAAGCAGGUGGAACUUCUCCGUCAGAUGAAUGACCAACAUGCCAAAGUUUAUGAACAACUUGAUGUCACUGCUAGAGAACUGGAAGAUGCUAAUCAAAAGCUCGUCGCUGAUAGUAGAUCAUCACAGCAAAAGAUACUAAGCUUGACUGAGACAAUUGAAAGUCUUCAGACCCACAUUGAGGACCUCCAGAGUCAAGUGGAGGAGCUGAAGAAUUCUGGGCAGGGUCAUACGAACCAUGAAAGAUCUGAACAGCCAAGAUCUGUUCACAGUUUUUCAUGUCUAAAAGAAUUGUAUGAUCUUCGCAAGUAUUUUGUUUAUGACCAUAUUUUUGCGGAGAAAAUUACUUCCAUGGAUAAUCAGCUGAGUCCUGUAGAGGAAGAAAAUCAGAGCUUAAAAAAAGCAGUGACUCUCCUGCAAGCUCAACUCAGCUUGGAAAAAGAGAAGAGAAUGACAAUGGAGGAGGAGUACCAUCUCAUGCUGAAGGAGAACUGUGACCUUGAGCAGAGGCUGGUGGAUGUUGCUAUUUACCGAGCCAGAGCAGAAGAGCUUGAGGUAGAAGUAGCUGAAAUGAAGCAGAUAUUUCAGUCUGAAAACACAUUUGUUAACGGGGUAGAAAAGCUUGUACCAGAGUCAUUUUUUGUUUCAUUUAAAGACUCUUUGGACAGAGAACUGAGUCAGAGCUCUCCAGAUGGGGUUUCUUUAAUUGCACCAGAAUUUGACAAAAGGGCUCUCAAAAGAAGCAGCAGUGAGAAUUUUCUUGCUAGUGCCGCAGGUGGGGACCUUCUGAAAGGCCACGAAGAAACCUGCAUCCGACGGGCAGAAGCUGUGAAGCAAAGGGGCAUCUCUCUGCUUAAUGAGGUUGACGCACAGUAUAAUGCGUUGAAGGUCAAGUAUGAAGAGCUUCUGAAGAAAUGUCAAAUUGACGAGGAGUCACUGAAACAUAAGGCUGUGCAGACCUCUAAACAGUAUUCCAAAGAUGCAAAUGUGGGGAAUAUCUCCUUGGACACAUCUGCUAGAGAACCGGAACCCUCUAGUGCCGACCAUGGCAGCUUAUCUUCAAAUACACCGCCUGAAUACAAACUUCUCUUUAAGGAAAUCUUUAGUUGUAUCAAGAAAACCAAGCAGGAAAUAGAUGAACACCGAGCAAAAUACGCAUCUCUGUCUUCUCAUCCUUAACACCUUGGUUUCCCUGUUAUGUUUCAGCGUAACGCUAGAAAAGAGCUGUUCCUGAAAUAGUCCUUUAAAGGUUCAUAUGACACAUUUGUUGCAUGUCUGUAUUUUUGUUAAAGUUGUAGAAUGGGCUGGGUCCACCUGUUAGUUAUGUGCAUUUGGAACACUGUUGCUUCCUCAAAAUGAUAGGGUGAAUUUCUCAGGGCCAGUCACUGACAAUAAUUACUUGACAAAUUACACAAUUCAGUUAACCACUCUAAUACUGGUUAUAAGGUGCAGUUGAAGAGAAAAUGCAAAACAAGCAGUAGCUUGCAUGUGCAAAACUGCCAGUCUUUAAAGCCCAGCUUGUCUGGUGUU